UAAGUAAAUAGACAGGUAAAAGCUUAUAGGUAAACAGACCCUACAGGUAUAUAUAGAUAGGCGUGAGAUACAAACAAUAGCUUGGUAAACAAAAACUUUCCUUUCUCCGUAUUGACCAAUAUAAUAUCAGUGACUAGGUGUGAUUGUUACCGGUGAUGUGGUGGUGGAAUUAUUUACUUUUCACUGGAAUUCAUUUGUUUUUGAUAGGAAUUAGAACUGCUUGGCUCAACUGUGUGGUGAUAAAGAAGAUGGCUUAAUAUUGAUUUAAUGGUGACUUAUGGACUUGAUGCUGUUAGGCAGGUGGUGUAGACCAAACAGAUGUUGACCUUGGACAUGCAUCACCAUAGUUUCUCGUUACAACACUGCAAAUAGAGGUCAAGAUGAUGAAAAAAGUCAACAAAGUUGGUGAUAGUAGUGUCCUGAAAGAGGUAGACAAGAUAGGAAGUACAUCUGGAGGUAGCAAUGUGCCAAAGGAAGCGAUAAAAAAAGAUAACAAAGUGGGAGACAAUGUCGUAAAGGAUGGCAUGAAAAAACACCCUGUCCUGCCCAACAUUCAGAUAGAGGUCACCAAUGCCUCUACCCCUAGUACAGCCUCUAACGAAGACCUCAUCAAUAUUGAUCAGAGCCAGAAAAAGGACACCGAUGGAAUCGUAAACCCUGUGUUUACCACGCAAGGGGAGAUAAUCCAACCUGCAUGUUCUAAGCCUGACAUAGUCACUAUUAUUCCUAAUGAACUUUCAAGACCGGAUAUUAACAAAAGUGCUGAUGAACUUCCGAAACCUGAUAUUCACCCAUAUGUCACUCAAAAUAUUUUCAUUAAUUCUGAUGGACUUCUAAAUCCGAAUAUUCACAUCAAUCCUGAUGGACUUAAUGAUCUUAAUGAACCCAAUGAUGUUGGUGCCUUAAAUGACUCCGAUCCAGUAUUUAACCAAGAUGGAUUCAUCAAUCCAGUCUUCUCUAUAGAGACAGCCAGUGAGACCAGCAAACACAAUACCCCAGACAAAGCACCAAAUCUGUUUAGUUUCAGUGACAAUGAUGUCAAUCUCUACAACCAGCAGGUUGAUUCACAGAAUUCUAAGCAGUAUCUGACACCGACAUGUAAGGAAAGUCACUCCACAAGCAGUAGUAGCCUCACAGUCCCUGAUGUUACAGGCUCUAGACGUCCAAGCGACCCAUUAACAUUUGUUCAGGAUGACAAUUUUUCCCAGCUUCAGCCUUUGACCAUUUCUAAUGGAUUAUCUAAAUCAGAAGGUCGACUACCACCUCUCAGUCCAGGGUAUCUCUCACCCAGCCCUUAUGACAGAUUCCAGCCUCCUCGUAGUCCAGGCUUACUCAGCACAAACUCGGCCUGGAGUGAACUUGCAAAAUUACAUUCCCGACGAUCAUCAUACGGCGACUACACCGAUGAUAGAGACAGCAGUAAUAGUGUGUCUAAUAUCAGCAGUAGCCUUAUGCAAACCAACAGUAAUAGUCUGUCCGUUGUCAGCAGUAGCCUUAGUGAACAUCUCCACCAGUUGGUGCGUGCAUUCUCCAGCAGGACAGAGCGAGUCAAAGAGACCACUAUCCAGCCUCCGACUCCUUCCUCUCAGGAUUUUGAUGCAUACUCUGAUGCCAAUUCAGCGAUCUCUGCUGCUGAUGAGCCAGAGCAGAGACAACAUCGGCUAGACUCCUUCAUCCCUUUGCACCUUCGUGAACGAGGACCCUUGGGCCAAUCUGAUGAAGGCACAUUGGACGAGUAUUUCCUGGAUUGUGGAUGCUGUAGAAUGCGUCUGCCAUCCUGGCUAAAAAAUCCUUGUAGUAUGCCAAGGAAGCUGGAACCACAGAGUAAGUUGUACAUGACAUGGCUCUUCCUGGUGGCACUAUGUUUUAUGUACAACGCCUGGGUCAUUCCACUUCGUGGAGUCUUCCCGUACCAAAACCCCUCCAACCUCAUCUACUGGCUCAUCUGUGACUACACCUGCGACGCCAUCUACAUACUGGACAUUAUGUUGGUGAAGCCCCAUCUCACCUACCUAAACAGUGGUAUAGUGGAGACUGAUCCAAAGUUAAUGAGAAAGAAUUACAUGCAGAAAAGAAUGUUCAAGUAUGAUGUUCUAUCAUUACUACCCCUCGACUUGUUCUACCUGAUUUUCGGUGUUGUGCCAUGGUGUCGUCUGCCACGCCUCUUCAAGAUCCAGACAUUUUGGGAGUUCUAUCAGAGAUGUGACCAGGCAGUGAAAUCAGCUCAUGUAUUGAGAAUCAUAAAGACAAUGACAUACAUGCUGUUCCUGAUCCACCUGGAGACGUGUGGCUACUACGCAGUGUCAGUGUAUGAGGGAAUCGGCUCCAAUCGCUGGGUCUAUAAUGGGGAAGGCAUCGCGUACAUCCGCUGUUUUUACCUGGCUACAAAGACUGCCACCUCCAUCGGCAACAAUCCCAUCCCGACCAAUACACUGGAAUACAUCUUCAUGACAAUAUACUGGGUUUCGGGAGUUUUUGUCUUUGCUCUUCUGAUUGGUCAGAUACGCGAUAUCGUUGAUGCAGCAGGCCGUGUAAAAGCCCAAUAUGACAAGAUGAUGGAUGAUGCUCUUAGAUAUGUCAAGAACCUUAACUGUCCUAACGAUACACAACACAAGGUCAGGACGUGGUUCCUCUACCAAUGGGAGCAGCAGAAAAUCUCAGAUGAGAAGAAGUUGAUGGACUGGCUACCUAAGAACCUCCGCACUGACCUGGCUAUCCACGUCCACUUCAACACCUUGUCUAAAGUGACCUUGUUCCAGGACUGUGAUAAAACCCUUCUGUUUGACCUUGUCCUCAAGCUUAAACCAAUCCUCUUUUUACCAGGGGAAUAUGUCUGCAAAAAGGGAGAGGUGGGGAAGGAGAUGUAUAUUGUCAGUCAAGGUCAGGUUGAGGUCGUUGGGGGACCAGAUGGUACUACAGUCCUCGCCACACUCAAGGAGGGAAGUGUGUUUGGUGAGAUCAGUUUGUUGGCCAUUGCGGCAGAUGGCAAUCGUCGGACUGCUGAUGUAAGGUGUAAGGGGUUCACAAACCUCUUUAUCCUCAGCCAGACAGAGUUUGAGGACGCCAUGGCAGAGUACCCUGAAGCACACAAACUUCUCAAAAAGCGAGCCAGAAAGUUAUUGAGACAAAAUGCAAAGCUAUCAACCAAAAGUCAUGGAUCUACUGGAAGCUCCAAAGUUGAGGUAGAGCCGAUCAUACGAACACCGGGCAGAGACACGGAAACACCUAAACUCUUCAAAACUGUCCUACAGAAAUGGGGACAGACACAUGAGAUGAUGGAUCCAGAAUCGUCCAUCGCCAAACGUCUGGGGUCGGUCUCUCAUACGUCAGAACACAAGGACAGCCUGACCGUGGAAAACAUUACUGACACUACUAUGUUAAACAAGCACCAGAUAGCAGACAAGCCUUUGCCAGAUGCAGAGGAGGCAGAGGAUUUCUACAGCAAAAUGCUUGAAUCUGAUCUAAUGGAUCAAGAGACAUAUGAGGCUGUGAUCAAUGAAGCAGAAAGAAAACAGCUCCAACAUCAUGACACGCUGAACACAGACUGUAGUGUAGAGAGCACAGACUCUGGAGUACAGAUGCCGAAAGUGAGUAGUCGGCCAGAAAGUGUCUCCAAAACCACAUGUAACAAAAACAGUAAAGAACCGUUUGUUGGCUCUGAACUCUCUGGUAACUAUGAGGAAACUUGUAACUGGGUCAUCAAACAGGCUCUCUCUACCCCCGAGGUUGGAAAAACCAGGCGCUAUAGUCGUGUGGAAGAUGAAGCUCAAGUAAAAAAAAUUGUUGAGGUACUGACAAAACAAAACCAUGUUGUGGGCGUUAAUAGGAAUGAUGAAGUGGAGCUUAUGUCCUCAUUUUUUGAGGAUGAUUAUCCAUUAGAAAAUGUUCUUAAAGUUGAACCAGCGACAGGUCAAAAGUCUGAAUUUCAACAAGUUGUUGAAAAGUGUGGAGUUGAUGAGGAUGGACAAAAUACACAAACUAUUCAAAAUGAGAGUGGAGAUCACGUGAAAAAUAAUGAUCCCACAGAAAAGCAAGUUGAUGAUAAAAUGAAAACUCCGGAGAUGAUUGUAGAAUCAUCCACAAAUGAAAACAAGUCUGAUAACUCUAAUAGUGUGCCUGUCAAAAAGGAUGAGGAUGAUCCAAGUAAGACUGCUAUCAACAGUGACACAGGCAAGGCUCUCGGCAACGACGGUGCAGGCAAGGCUCUCAGCAACGACGGUGCAGACAAUGCUGUCAAAGACAUUGGUGCAGGCAAGACUGCCACUAACAAUAGCACUGGCAAAGCCGACAGCAAUAACAGUGUAGGUGAGUCUGCCAGCAACAGCGGUGCAGGCAAAGCUGGCAGCAACAACAGUGCAGGUAAAACUGCAAGUAAUAAUGGUGCAGGCAAGGUUGCUGAUAAUAUUGGAACUGGUAGCAAGGCAGUGAGUAACAACGGUGCUGGCAAACUAACAAGUAACAAUGACAAGGUUAAAGUAACAAGUAACAAUGACAAGGUUAAAGUAACAAGUAACAAUGACAAGGUUAAAGUAACAAGUAACAAUGACAAGGGAAGCGAUGCCAUUGACAAUGAUGCAGGCAAGGUUGCUAGUGAUAUGGGUAAUCCCAAUAGCCUGGGUAAGGAUGCCUAUCAGAGGGAAGUUGGACAAAUUGGUAUGGACAAAAAUCCUGCUACGGAUGGAAGUCUGAGAAGUAAGCAUCCAUCGUCUGCAUCUAUCACCCGUAUUUCAGGGGAUUAUGAUCAAAACAAUGAAGUAUUCUUGAACUCCUUGAAUUCGGAUAUCGACCAUCACAAGCUUGUGGAUGAUCAAGGUCAUAGGUCACCUGGUUAUCAUGAUCAAUCUAAAGGCCCUGAAGUCCAGAUGAACGGUAUUCCUUUACAGAACCAGAUAACCUGUUCUGUAGAGAUACAUCGCGAGAAAAGUCUCACACCUGUUUCACUGAAAGAUUGGAUAGACAGUGCCAACGCAAAGCCCAGAACAGAAAGCAUCAACUCUGUCACCAAGGACAUCACAUUACAAGAGUCUAGUGUAUGACCAACUCAAGAUAAUUUUGUUAGGGAAGGUGAAAUUCAAACACCAUCUUCUUUCAGAAUUAAUUGUCAGUUGAAUGUGUUACUUGUUAAAUGUUACAGAUCAUUCAAAUAACAAGAUAUAGCGAUAAUAAUAAGACAACGACACUAGAUUUCAGCGACUUGGGACUAUUGAUUGUAUAUAAUGUAAAUAUGUAUUAGAUUUUAUGUGUCUGACAAAGGGGUGAAAAUUAAUACUUUGGGGUCAAAACACAGAAUCAAACAUUCAACAAUCUUUAGAAGAACAAUUUCAUGGCUAAAAGGGAUAUAUAACAGAUAGUGUUUAAUGAAAAUGAAAUUUUAUUUGUGUGGAGAAAUGUUUGAUUUACCAAUUAAUGAUAUUUUUAAUUGUACAUAUCUUUAAUUCUAGUGAAGUAAACCUUAUAUGGUUGUGUAAUAAAAAAAAAGUGCAACAUCUGUCAAUGUUUCAUAUAAGCAGUUUAUUGUUUCAUGGAUUAGUUGAUAUUAAGUCGUGAUCUUGAAUAUUUGAAGUUGAAAUUAACCUUUAUUCAUUAAAUAAAUGAAAUCAUUUUUUUUUUUUUUAAUUUUUGUCAAUAUUCUGAUCAACUUUAUACAGAUUUUCAGAGAUGAUCUCUUCACUCAGUUUCCAACCCCUUUCAGUAACUAAAUAAUAUUUUGAAGUUCUAAUUGCAACAGAAAAGUCUACAGUAUUAAUUGUGGUUACAUAAUCAAAUGAUGUUAGAUUCUCACAACAUACAGUGCAUUAUGUAGGUGUAUCAUAUGGAGGAUAUAGAGCAAAUACUUGGGGUAUAUAGAUGUUUUCCCAAGUGCCAUUUUCAUAGAAAUUUUUUUUUUCUAAAUUGAAAGUUAUUUCCAUUUGUUUUCAAGUAUUUUAAUCUUUUCCAAAGAUCUCAGUGACACUGAUCUUUUAAUCUUUGUAUGAAGUUGAAUUUUCCUUAAAGUUAUUUUGAGUCACUAUUUUAAAGAGUUAUUGCCCUUUAUUUUUUCAGUAUUUCAAUUUUGUCCAUUGACAUUUCUCAGCUUCAGACUGAUCUCUUUGAAAUUUGGUGGUAGGCUUUAUAAUCAUGCGAAGCUGUGCUUUCCUGAAUGGCAUUUUCAUUUCACACAUUUUUAGAGUAAUUACCCUUUCUGUCUUUUUUAGUAUUAAUCCUGUGUGGGGUUAUGAAAUUAUUCUCUAACUAUGACAUGUAACUUAAUUAAACUGAUUUUUUAAUUGACCAUUUUUCUUAUUACAUUCCCAUAUUUGUGCAUAUUUGAAUAUGAAUGCAUAUCAUCCUGCAUUGGAAAGGUGUAUAUUGAAGCUCAUAGCAUACAAAAUGAAAAUGAAAAUUUAACAGGUGCUGCUAAUGAAUAAUACAGUAGCUAACAGCAAGGGACACAACUCUAGAUAUCUAACUACUUUUCUGUGGGUCCAAAAGAUUACAACUUAAAUCAUGUGAUGUACUUAAAAUAUUGUAGAUAUUCAGUACUUGUAUACUUUGUAUAUUGCAUGAAUGAUAUUGUUUAAAACAUUGGACACUGAGAAUGCACUAUGUACAGUUAUUUAUGUUUCAUGAUUUUUCACUUCAAUAUGAAAGGAAAAUAGAAUCAGAUUCAUCACUGUAUCUUAUAUUAAUCAUAUGUGUUUCAUGUGAUGAGAAUUAUUUUGGAUUUAAGAAGGAAGGGAUUGGAGGCGUGGUCACUUCUAGUGGGCUUUAAAUUCAAUUUAGUUGAAAAGGAAAUUGAAAAAGGAAAAAGUUCUUUAAAAUUACUUAAUGGUGUAUCAUUGCUCAACUCUUUACUUUUCUGUUAAAGAUGCUUUCUGCAUUUUAUAUCAUGUAUGUAAUGUAAUGAGACAAAGCAUCAUCUUCAGGCAGACAUUUUGGCACCGUUUUAUUUUUGAGAUGAAAUCUUAAAUCUCAUAUUAUGAUUAUGAAUUAACAGCCUACAUUAAUUUGAGACAUUCCUCUUUAUCUUAUUGGUGUGGAUUUAGAACUGACUACUUUAUGUAAUAAGGGGUUACAUUACAACAUUGAAGUUUUGGAUUUUGCCAAUUCUUCUCUAAACGUUGAUCAGUUGAGUGUAUUAAAUACUAUUUGCCUCGACCAAUAGAGUGUUACUAACGUUGACUAUACAUAGUUUAAAGAGAUGAUUAGUAAUUAUCCAAAUGUCUGUUGUUGCCUGAAGACAAUUUCUGUGAUACAAUAGAUAUAUUAAAUUUCUUAAGCGUU